UGGUGAUGAAGAUGUUCCAGAAAAUACAGGAACUCAUUGAUGAGCCUGACGCCCUGGUCUGUGUCCUUAUUGAUGAGGUUGAAAGUUUGACAGCUGCCCGUAAAGGUGCCAUGUCAGGCAAUGAGCCGUCAGAUGCUAUCAGGGUGGUCAAUGCUGUUCUCACUCAGAUUGACCAGAUCAAAAAGUACCCCAAUGUGAUAAUCCUGACCACUUCCAAUGUGACAGGGGCUAUAGACCUGGCGUUUGUAGACAGAGCUGACAUCAAGCAGUAUAUUGGUCCACCAUCACCCUCAGCUAUAUACUCCAUCUAUAGAUCCUGUAUUCUAGAACUUACUAAGUGCCGCAUAUGGACAUCGGGGCAGAGCGUGCUGGUAUAA